AUGACUGAUUUCGGUGGAUCCAGUAAUGAGGAUCUAACGCUUCCAAAAGCUACUGUUCAAAAGAUUAUAGGAGAAGUUUUACCACAUGAUUUGACGUUUUCCAAAGAAGCUAGAGAUGUUGUAAUUGAAUGCUGCAUUGAAUUCAUAAUGAUACUUUCAGAUCAAUCGAAUGAAAUAGCUGAACAAGAAGCUAAGAAAACUAUUGCUUCGGACCAUGUCAUCAAAGCAUUACAAGAAUUGGGAUUUACUGAUUAUAUAGCGCCUAUUGAACAAGCGUUAGUGGAACAUAAAGAAUCCUUGAAAGGUAGACAUUUCAAACGUUUGCAGCUGAAUUCACUGAAGUUUAUGUUCCAUUUUUUGAAAACAUCAUUGUUUAUGGAUUUAAAGGCUUGA